AAUUUCCAGAAAUAAAAUGGCGGCCAAUGCGGUAGCUAAGGUUGCGGAAAUCCGCGAAAUAACCCGGAUAGAGAGGAUAGGAGCACACAGUCAUAUUCGUGGGUUAGGGUUAGAUGAUUCUUUAGAUCCUCGUCCUGUCUCCCAGGGAAUGGUUGGACAGGCGGCAGCUCGACGGGCAGCAGGAGUUGUUGUUGAGAUGGUCAAGGAAGGAAAAAUCGCCGGUCGAGCAAUCCUAAUCGCUGGAACACCCGGCACCGGUAAAACCGCCAUCGCUAUGGGAAUGGCGCAAGCUCUAGGAACAGAUACACCAUUUACAGCGAUGGCGGGCAGUGAAAUAUAUUCACUAGAGAUGGGGAAAACAGAAGCAUUGACACAAGCAUUUAGAAAAAGUAUCGGAGUUCGGAUCAGAGAAGAAACAGAAAUUAUCGAGGGUGAGGUUGUAGAGGUUCAGAUUGACCGUCCAGCUGCAGGUUCCGGAGCCAAGGUUGGAAAACUGACCCUGAAAACAACAGAGAUGGAGACGAUUUACGACCUCGGGACAAAGAUGAUUGAGUGUGUGAUCAAGGAGAAGGUUCAGGCCGGAGACGUCGUGACAAUUGAUAAAGCAACCGGGAAGAUAACAAAACUGGGGAGAAGUUUCACAAGAGCAAGAGAUUAUGACGCAACAGGUGCCAGUACAAGGUUUGUACAGUGUCCUGAAGGUGAACUACAGAAGAGGAAGGAGGUGGUACAUACAGUUACUCUUCAUGAGAUAGAUGUUAUCAACUCAAGAACUCAAGGUUUCCUGGCCCUGUUCUCCGGAGAUACCGGAGAAAUCAAACCAGAGGUUCGAGACCAGAUCAACGCUAAAGUAUCUGAGUGGAGAGAGGAAGGGAAGGCUGAGAUAGCUCCUGGAGUUCUAUUUAUUGACGAGGUUCACAUGUUGGAUAUCGAAUGUUUCUCCUUCCUAAACCGAGCUCUCGAGGAUGAUAUGGCUCCUAUUGUAGUUAUGGCUACUAACAGGGGUAUUACAAAAAUCCGCGGAACCUCAUACACCUCCCCCCAUGGUAUCCCCCUGGACCUGUUGGACAGAACCAUCAUUAUCCCCACAUCAUCAUACGACGACAAAGAGCUCAAGCAGAUACUCAAGAUUAGAUGUGAGGAGGAGGAUUGUGAGAUCAGUGAGGAUGCUUUGACAGUACUAACCAAGGUUGCCGGAGAAACCAGUCUCAGGUAUGCAAUCCAGUUGAUAGCAGUAUCUAGCCUAGUGAGUAAACGACGGAAAGGGACUGAGAUCUCUAUCGAGGACGUGAAACGGGUGUACAGCCUGUUCCUGGACGAGCAGAGGAGCUGUGAGUUCCUAAAGGAGUACCAGGAUGAGUUUAUGUUUAACGAGGAGAUCUCAACGCCAGCUCUCAUGGAAACCGCCUGAACUGUAUUAUUCUUUAUCAAGUACAAAAUAUAUAUGUGUCGAUCUUGUUGUCAAA